GCUUUGCGCAGCCGAGACAGCCUGCAGCUGGAGUACACCGACUGUCUGCAGGAAAAGAAUCGUCUGCGUAAACGCAUCGCGGAGCUGCAGGUCAGCUUGGAGCAGCAGCAGAGAGAGCUGGAGCGAGAGCAUGAGAGGAGCCGGGAGCAGCUGCAGCAGAGCGCGUGUCUGCACUGUUCCCACCUGUCCCUCUGCAGCGAGGACCGGUGCUUCGGACCCUGCUGCUCCCUUGACCUGGACAUGAGCCCUCACUCCAGCAGCGCCUAUCUGACGCUGAAGAAGACGCCACCUAGAGGUCAGACCCAUGAGAACUCAGGCAGCUCCUGUUCCACCUCAGAGGAGAACCUCCUMUCGUCUACAAAAGUUGAUGAAAAGGAAAUAAAUCGCCUCUCCACGUUUGCCUUUCCUCCGUGUGCAAACUCCAUCAACCGACGGUGUAACGUGGAGUUUGACUUGGACCCCUGGGGCAGUGAUGAGAACGACAAUAUUUUAGAUGAUCAGAGUGAACCUUCUCUGUGUGACUCCUGGACCUCUUUACACUCACACCUCUUCCCUCCGGACCUGGUCAAACUGCCCAGUGUUUCUACCAACCAAUCCAAUCCCAUCAUUCCCAGAAAGCCACCUUCCCUCUGCUCCCUGUCUUCAAGUCCCCCCACCUCACCAAAACAUGGAAGAGCCAGUUUAGCUGAUGAUAUCACCAUCGUGGGAGGAAAUCGAGUGGGGAUCUUUGUCAGCCACGUGAAACCCGGCUCUCCAGCUGAACAGUGUGGACUAACUGAGGGCAGUGAGCUACUGGAGCUGGAGCGGGUUCUGUUUGGCGGAGGGAGUGUGAUGCUGAAUCAGUGCACUGCUGAGGUGGCCCACUUCUCUCUGCAGUGGUGGACRGAGCUUUCAGCACUGAAACACCAGAGCAACCAAGACGCAUAUUCCAAGCUGUGCUCAGAGCUUUCUUUGCCUUCGUUUUUUGGUGCCGACUCCUUCUAUGUGCGGGUCAAUCUCAACAUGGAGCCUCGUGGAGACCCGCCGUCUUUGGGUGUCUCCUGUGAUGACAUCAUACACGUCACAGACACACGGUACAAUGGGAACUAUCACUGGCGCUGUUCCCUGGUAGACCCGGGCACCGCCAAGCCUCUGCAGACAGGAACCAUGCCCAARUACAACAGGGCCCAACAGCUGUUGCUUGUAAGGUUAAGAAGAAUGUCGCUGGACCAAAAGGACUUUAAGAAGAAGAUGUUUGCAAAGAAACCAUCUGGCCGCGUUCGAUUGGUCAAAGCAGUGGAUCCCAGCUUCCGGGGCGUUGGUUCCUCUCAAACUGUUCUUUACACUCUCGGCAAACGUCACGAGGACCACUUAAUCCCAUACACCUUAGUGAAACCGGUGAAGCUUCAGACAAAGCGGCCGGUCAUCUUCUCGCCGUCUCUUCUUUCUCGAGGUCUGAUCGAGAGGCUGCUGCAACCACCAGAGUCUGGACUGAAGUUCAACACCUGCCCGCCCGAGCCCAUUCCAGCAGGGGAGAGACAAGACAGAACAGUAUUUCUGUUGGAUUCCUGCAGUCCAGAGCAGUCGUUGGGCAUACGGCUGGAGUCCAUACAGGAAGUCAUCAGUCAGGACAGGCAUUGUCUGCUGGAGCUGGGGAUGGCCAGCGUUGAAGGUUUACUGAGACAAGGGAUUUACCCCAUCGUCAUCCACAUUCGCCCUAAAAACAAAAAGCACAAGAAGCUGAGGAAGUUUUUUCCUCGGUGUGGAGAGGACAGUGUGAUGGAGGAGGUGUGCCAGGCCGAGGAGCUGCAGCUGGAGAACCUCCCCAUGCUUUACUACACCCUGGAGCCCAGCACCUGGAGCUGCACAGAGGAGCUGCUGAAAGCCUUGUGUGAUGCCAUCCACAGCCAGCAGGGGGCAGUAGCUUGGGUUGAACUCGAUAGGUUGCAAUAAAAAUACUAAUAAGCGCACAAUUUUUUUUUUCAUUUAAACCUUCAAAUUUAUUUGAAUGGUGUGUGAGAGUUGCCCAAACCGUAGCAGGAUCUUUGCAGAGAAUUUUAAAGAAGGUCACAUGAGGACGUUGUGCAUGCAUUUCAGCAACAAUUUAAUUCUUUGUAUUACAAAUGUUUUAUUUAAAGCUAUUCCUGACACAGAUCUGAGCCACAUAAAGCAGGUACAGAUGCAUUUGUAGGAACAUUACUUUUCUCUUCAGGUAACUUAAUAGUGUUAAAGUUUUAUUCUGUUGAGUUUGUCAAAUACUUGUGUUCUGUACAUGUCAAUACUUUACUCAUAUUUAUCGAAAUACUGUGACUUUUAUUUUAUGUAUGUUUUUUAGUAGCAUCAGGUAAGCAGUCAUGGUUGCAUUUCAGUUUACACAACAGUUCGACAGGUUUGAGCUUUUUUUUAUGCCUUGCAUACAAUUGUAGCCAGUUUUUAAUACAAAAAUAACUGACCUGACUUCAGCUUUAAUGAUGUAAAUUUUAACAUAGCUAAUAUUUUGCAUGGACUGUGCCUUCCACGUAUGUGUUAUUAAAAGAAACAAAAAAAUGUUAUUUCUGUUCAAGAUAAGUCAGGACAAUUUCUCCAAAACGUGUAAUUCAACUGUCAAAAAGAGCUUUUAGUAAAGAAAUAAUAAUAAACAUAUUGUAAUUGU